AAAUAUUACAUUGGAUGAUUUAGGAAAUGUAACUAUGAUACCAGAUCAAGAUGGAAACAUUGCACUGAUGGGAAAUAUUCAAAUAGUUCAUUCUACAGAUGGUGAUCCAGCAGUUGUGACAGUGGCAUCUGAUGUUACUACAGGAUCAGAAGUUACCACAGAAAAUGCUAUAUUUACAUUACAAUCACCAGAUAAUGAAAAUCAAACAGAACAAAGUACUGAAUUUGUAUCUCUUACUUCAGAAUCUGAAUGUAAUGUAGCAUAUACUGAAAACAGAAUAACAUCAAGCAAUUUCAGUUUUCAAUUGAAAGAAGGUCAACAAUUAGAAGGUAUAUUUGCCUGUAAUCUUUGUCAAUGUUUUGCCUUAACACAAAAUGAAAUCAUUAGCCAUAUUCAAGUUAUUCAUAAAGAUCACAUCAUUGAGGAAAAUAAAGACUUUGAGCAGUUAUAUGUGAGAUUAGAACCACUCAAAGAACCAAAAAAUCAAAUUAUCCAGGAAAAUUUUUCAAAUCAAUUAUCUAAUUCUCUAAAAGUUUAUCCUAUCUCAACUAAUGCAGAACAAGAAAAAUCCGAUGCUAUACAUCUUGUUGUAGAAACUAUAAGGGAACAAGAUACCAUUGUUCCCUUACCAAGUCAAGGAAAUCAAAAUGCUGGUCAAGUUAAAAAGAGAAGAGGAAGACCAAGAAAGACAGAAAAUCAAAAAAAAUGUGCUAUAGAAGAACAAGAAACAACAAAAACUGAAGAAACACAACCACUUCCUGAAAUAGGUUCUGAUGGACAGUAUCAUUGUCCUCGAUGUAAAAGAGCUUUUAAAAAGGAACGUCAUAUUCUUGGACAUAAAUGCCUUGGAAAAGGAGAUUAUAUUGAUAUUUCCAUAAAAGAAAAUUCAGUUUCUGAAGAAGUUAUGGAAGAAGAACCAGAAGUUAAAGAAGAAACAGAAGACGAUGAAAAAGAAGUUGAUACAGAUUGUACUGAAGAUUUCAAAAUGUACAUGUCUAUAGAUAGACCACCUUGGUCACGAGGAAGACGAGGAAAUAAUAGAGGAAGGUUUAGAGGAAGAGGAAGAGGUCGAGGAAUUUACAGGAAUGUGGAAGAAAAACAAAAUGAUGUCACUGAAUUUCAAACAGAAAAUAAUGAUGGAAAUAAAGAAAAUCAAGCUCUCAUAAGUAUUGUUAUAGAAGAUAUUGAAAAUGAAGUUAAAGAAAAUGAUGAUGACUCAUCAGGACCAAAAGCAAAGCUUAACUGGAGAAAUGACCCUCAUCAUAUUCCAGUUUUCAAUACAGAAGAUGAACGACUUGCAUUUGAAGAACGACUAAAUGCUGUUGAUUUAAGUUGUGUAGAUCAUCUUUAUGUUUGGCAUGAAGUAACACAAGAUGUAGACAUGAGUAAAAUGGGUAAAAUGACUGGAAGGGAAACAAAUGAAUUACUUGUAUUUUCAUGUAAUAUAUGUAAAAAGGUUUUCAAAUCUCUAUCCCACAUGAGGCUUCAUUGCAUUAUUCAUACAGAUUUAAAACCAUUUGAGUGUCCUCAAUGUCCAUUUCGUUCAAAUGCAAAAGGAAAUCUCUACACACACAUGAGAAAGCACACUGGUAAUUAUUUUAAGUGUUCACAAUGUAAUUUUCAGAGUUUGAACAGGAGUCAUUUGGCUGAACAUGAGGCUACUCAUAGUAAUAGACGUCAUCAGUGUAAAUUAUGUCAUAAUUAUUAUAAUACUGUCAAAUCAUUAAUGAAUCAUGUGAGGAAAUAUCAUACAAAUUCUCAUGGUAGACAAUACUUAUCCACAUUUCUUGUAAAACCUCAAAACCUUAUGGCAUUACUUCAUAUUUGUCAUAUAUGUAAUCGAAAAUUCAAGAAAAAAAUUGAUCGUGAUCGACAUCUGUUUAUUCACAAUAUUAGAGAUAGCCCAAAUAUUUUUCACUGUAAUCUUUGUGAUUACACAGCAUGUCGGAGAUCAUAUUUGGAAAAUCACCAUAGAAGACAUCGUUUAGUUUUUGUAUGCUGUUUAUGUAAAAGUAUGUUUAUCAGUACAAUUGUCUUAAAAAAUCAUCUUCAAGAUCACAUUAAUAAAAAGUCUGUGAAUCUUCAAUCAACUAAUGAAUCAUCAGAAAAUAUAGAAGAUUGUAAUUUAGCAACUAAUAGUGAUGAUAAAAUUUCAGAAAAUGAAACUCAGAAUAUUGAAAAUAAAAUUCAAAUUGAAUCAUUUUCACCACUUAAAACUGUAUCUAAAGAUAACAAUAUGGAUUUAUUAAAAAAUGAAUUACAUUGUUUUCCUAAAGAUUGUACAAUAGAUUCAUUAUUCAAAGAUUCUUUAAAUAAUAGUUGGUAUCUGCCAGAGCCAGAUGGAACUGUUGCACUUAGCCAAUAUAUAAAUCUUCCCGAGGAAUUAAGAGAAAAUCAAGAUCAGAAUGAGUCAUCUGUUGAAAAUAUAAAUAAUCAGUCAUCAUCUGUGGAUGAAACAAGUCAAUCUACCCUGACUAACUAUAGUCCAAUUGUUUCUUUAAAUUAUAAAUCUUUAACAGUUGAAUUAUAUAAAAAAAUACAAGAGACUUUUGGAACUGUUGAAUGUGAAUAUUGUGGUAGACUCUUUCAUACAUAUAUUGACUUGGAACCUCAUUUAAUGACACAUUCAGAAAAUAAGCCUUAUAAAUGUGAUAAAUGUCCUUAUACUGCUGCUUCAAAAGAAAAUCUUAAAAGGCAUCAAGAAAGCAUACAUGAAGGUCGUAAAUUUUCUUGUGAUAAAUGUGAUUUUGUUGCCUCUUCAAGAACCACUUAUUGGCAUCAUCGGCAAAAACAUUUAAUAACAGCUCAAUGUAAUAUAUGUAAUAAACAAUUUCCCACAACUCGGAUUUUAAAAAAUCAUGUUUUGUGUAAACAUCCAGAAAUAGAUCAAACAGAACUCCAAAAAUUAUUAGGCAAUAAUCAUCGUGUAAUUGGACGAAUUGGUCGAUGUUCUUAUAAAUGUCCCUACUGCAGUCGUGUAUUCCAUCGUUCGAGUGCCGAUCUUCAAAAACAUAUUUGGAUCCACGAAGGCAUCAAACCUUUUAAAUGUUCUGAAUGCUCUCAUACUUGCCGCAGUAGAAAUAAUCUAAAGAUUCACAUGUUACGACACUCAAAUGAUAAACCUCAUCUGUGUGAAGAAUGUGGAAAAUCCUACAAGUCAAAAACAGCUUUGCGAUGUCAUGUUAAAUCCCAUUUUGUAGAUGGAAUGUUUCAAUGUGAUCAAUGUGAUUAUACUGUCAAUCAAAAAUCUCAUUUGAAAAAACAUAUGGAGAGCCAUCAGUUAUCAAGACGUUAUGUCUGUGAACACUGUGAUUAUUCUUCAAAUGGUGUGGGAUAUAUGAGAGUUCAUUACAAUCGUAAACAUAAAGGUGAAACUUUUAUUGAAAAACUAGAUUCUUCAGUAUCAAUAACUGUAGAAUCAAGUGAACAAGUUUAUAAAUGUUUGAGUUGUAAAAGUGUAUUUGAGAAUAUGAUUCAAACUAAACAACAUCUUAAGGAUAAACACGGUAUAUCAGCAGAUAAAUUAGAUUCUACUUUACAAGAAUCUGCAACUGAUUCAGCAGGGGGAAUUAUUACAGAUGAAAAUACAAGAUUUGAGACAGAUACAGUCAUGAUGGACAGUAUACAAGAACCUAUUGAAAUGAUAGAAUUACAAGAUAAUAAUAUUGCUAAUUCUGUAAUAUCCACAACACUUCAAGGAGUGCAGCUAGCAAAUUUAACUGAAGGUGAGAUGGAUGAAAAAACUGUCAGUGCUGUCAAUCUCAUUCAACAAAUUAUUGAACAGGGAGCUUUAGAAUCACAAGUUACUCUUCAUUCUGUUGAUGGACAGUCUCUUGUUGCUGUAAAUCCUGGAACAAUUAUAGUUCAAGAUGGACAGGAACUUGUUUUAAAUGGAACUAAUUUAGACGAACAGUACGUUAUUCAGUAUGUGACUGAUUCUGCAACAACGUCUACCGAUGCAGAAAUUCACAUUCAAUCUUGUGAAGAAGUGCAAAUGUAUAAAGAUUUUGAUAAUCAAAUUGAAGUUCAAUAUUCAAAUACAGAAGAAGAGCAAAAUAUUAUACAAGGAAAUACGUAAUUUAAAAAACUAUUUAUUAAUGUUUCUAGAGAAAAAAUAAGCUAAAAGUUGUUACUGUACUUAAAAUAAAUGUAUUUAGUUUGUAUAGUUUUGUAAAUACAUUGAGAAUUUUGACUUAUUUAAUUGAGGAUAAAGAUUAUCCAAUAUAUUCAAUAUUCACCAUUGUGCACAAAGUGUGAAUGUAAAUUCCAUUUCUACAUUUUGUAAUGUGAUUAUAUGGAAAUUCUGUAAAUGAUUUUAUUGAAUGUAAAUUGUAUAUUAGAGAAUCAUAAAAUAU